GCUGGGCUGGGGGUGGGGAGGGGGUAACGAACGUUUUUUGUAGUUAUUUGUGCAACUCGUGCUCUAUAAAUAGUUUGGGUAACUGUUUCCUUUCCAAAAGGACUCUGGGUACGGUAAGCAUCUCUCUCUCACACACGCAUAUAUUAAAAUAACAGCGACUAAAACAAAGGGAGUAUGAAUAAAUUGAAUUAUGAAGUUAAAUGUAGGAAAUAAUGAAUGAACAAGAGAAGAAACCGAUACUGACCCAGGGUCAACAACUACCUAUGUCCAAGUAAAAUUUCUUUGCAGUCUGACAAAUUGGCUUUCAAGAUUGCAUUUUGUUUUGCGAAUUAAGCCAUUUUUAAGUCAUAAGUCGUAGUUUUCUGGAGGCCCCCGGCAUCCGGAACCCAUGAAUGCCACGUUCUUUCUAGCAGCCUUCAGCAAUUUGGGGGCGCUUUGUUUCUUACGUUGGGAGAGAAAUCCUGCAGGAAAUCGACGCCCAGGAUCAGAUGCAGAUCCUGGGAUCCUUGGCUCUGAGUAGCACGGUGGAAAAGUGGGGUAAUCGAGGCUCUGGGCCCGUUUUCCUAGGAGCCCAGGGCGCUUCACCUGUCUGGAGUCAGCCCCUUUCUUGGACGUCUCCUCCCCUGAGUUUCCUCCUCAUAGGCUUGUCCCUGGGAGUGUGGGCGGCCCCUUUCUCGAGCGCAGAAACACUUACUUUUCCCCCUACUCUGCUCCUCCUCCUCCACAGCCGUCUUUCUCUCUGCCUCAGCCACUUCUUUCCUGGGCCUCACCCUCCCCAGUGCACUGAAGAAGGUAACCGGGUCCGGACCCACGCGGCGCCAGUUCUCCGGCGGGAAGGAAAACCGGGCAGAGAGGCAGCAAUGAAUGUGGAUCAUGAGGUUAACCUCUUAGUGGAGGAAAUUCAUCGUUUGGGUUCAAAAAAUGCUGAUGGAAAGUUAAGCGUGAAAUUUGGGGUCCUCUUCCAUGAUGAUAAGUGUGCCAACCUCUUUGAAGCAUUGGUUGGAACUCUCAAAGCUGCAAAACGAAGGAAGAUUGUAACGUAUCCAGGAGAGCUGCUUCUGCAAGGUGUUCAUGAUGAUGUUGACAUUAUAUUACUGCAAGAUUAAUGUGGUUUACAUAUCUUUAUGUACUGCCAUUUUUUGUUUCUGGUAAACUGGAAUAUAAAGUGAAAGAACAAACAUUUGAACAUACUUGAUGUAUUUUUAUAGAACUUUGUAAACAAAAGGAGAUUCAUGUUUUAGAAGUCUGUCCUUUUUUAUAUCUUGAAAGAAAAUUUAUGUAUGAUGCUAUAAAAUAAACAAAUCCUAUUAUUUUUCUCAGGAAUCUGGUUGGGAAUUGUAGGCAAUGAGUUUUUUGGGGGGCAAGGAUGGGAAUGUUUGUUUCAUAAAUAAUUAGACAUUUUCUAUAGAUACUUGACAUUCUGCGAAAGCAACAAGCAAACUGAAGACCAACUCCUAUGAGAAAUAUUAUAAUGUUUAUGUAAUAAAGACAUGUAACUGUCUUAAA